UUCACUGUGCCAAUACUUUUGUUCGUCACUGUAUGUAUGUACAUACAGAUAUGUAUGUAUAUGUUAAAUGCUUAAAUCUGUUGAUGGAUCUGCGCAGACUCCAUUUAAAGCCGUUGUAGCAGCACAAUUCCCUCCACUGUCCGUAGCAUUUGUUAAAUAAAAGCAGUGGUCCAAGGUGAGCGUAUACGCAGUACUUAUUUAGCAGUCGUUACUUUCAAAUACAGUUUAACAAUCGCGGUGGGAAUACAACCACGGAAAACUUUAAAACAAUAAAAUAGUUUAGUACUUUUAACAAUGUUACUGUUACGCUUAGGCCUCCUACUCUUACUCUCCAUAAUUGCUGUUUCUACGAGGGAAUCAUGGCUAAAGCCUGGUUGUCAUAAAGUAGGGAAUACGCGCAAGAUAUCCAUACCCGAUUGUGUGGAGUUUCGCAUUACAACUAACGCUUGCCGUGGCUUCUGUGAGUCAUACGCAGUGCCGUCAAUACCCUGGGGCCUGGCAGGACCGGGAGUAUUUAGACCGGUAAAACCGGUUGUUUCGGUGGGUCAAUGCUGUAAUAUAAUGGAAUCGGAGGAAGUACAAAAACGUGUGCUGUGCAUGGGUGGUAUGCGUAACAUAACUUUUAAAUCAGCAGUAUCCUGCGCUUGUUAUCAUUGCAAAAAGGAUUAAAUAUCGCUCUACGCAAAAAAUUGAGUGGAAAAAAUGUGUUAAAAUGUGAUUUUUUUUUAUAAGUGUAAUAAGUUCAAAUACACUCUGAGUCAUGCCUUGUUGAAGAUUAUGCAUAUUAAAUAAAUAUUUAGCAUUAUGAAAGGAAAAUGCUCAACUUUAAUGUUAACGGCAGGUUAAUUCAAUUUUAAAGUGAUUAAACAAUAAUUUAUUUAUUAAACAUUUACAUAUUAAUAUGGAUCGUUAGAAUAAC